ACUAUCGAAAAGUCAUUAUCAAAACACCAACGACGACGACAACAAUAAAUAAAUCUGUUGCCAGUUCAACGUAUUUGUUUCUACUGAAAUUGUGUUAAGGAAUCUCUACGUACAGACCGAAAGCUUCACAUAAUUUAUGACGUCCGUGUUCAAUUUAUUUGUAAGAUCAAUGCCAUUUUACAGCGUAGCGCGUGGAAGAUUAACCGGUGUUUUUGCAACAUGGCCACAAUGCGAAGCUCAAGUAAAAGGAUUUACAUCGGCAAUUUAUAAGAAAUUUAGUACUUAUGACGAGGCUGUCAAAUUCGUGAUUAGCAAGGGAGGAAAACUUGACCACAAAAUUGAUGGUGAAUCAAUCGCCGAUGGAGAUAGUCAGAAGUCAAGUAAACAAAUUGCGUCUGCUGUUUCGACUGGAUCAUCAAACAAACGGUUGAACGAAGAUGUCAGUGAAAGCAAGCCGAGUAAAAAAGCCAAAAAGGACACUGGCGAAAUACCUGUGAAAAGACUGAACAAGUACGGAAAGCAUAGCUUCUUAGAGGAUGAAAAUGGAUUUGUUCAUGUCUUCACCGAUGGUUCGUGUGAAGGUAAUGGAACAGAGAAGGCAGUUGCUGGAUUAGGAGUUUACUUCGGAGAAGGUCAUGCAUUAAAUGUGGCAAAACCAGUCAGUGGUAGAGCCACUAACAACUGCGGCGAAAUACAAGCAUCAACAUUGGCAAUUCAGUUGGCUGGUGAUUGUGGUGUGACGAAACUCUGCAUCAAUACGGACUCACAAUUUCUCAUCAAUUCCAUAACUAAGUGGAUGACCGGUUGGAAAAGGAACGGCUGGAAAUUGAAGUCGGGUCAACCCGUUAAGAACGUAAUCGAUUUUAAGUCAUUGGAUGCUGUGACCGCCAAGUAUUCAAUCGCCAUUAAAUGGAAUUACGUCAAAGCCCACUGCGGAAUUUUGGGUAAUGAACGUGCUGACGCACUAGCAAAACAAGGUGGUGAAAUGUACAGAAAUGGAUUAAGGAGUUAGUUUCAUCGUUUUGAUAUGUGUAAUGAUGUGACGGAAGUAAUACAAAACCGAAUGAAUUUAACUUCAACGUUUUGGCAUCGCUUUUUGAUCCUGACAAUAUUGAUGACUUUGAAAUAAAAUUCCGUUUCAAAUA